UGGUUUGCUGUAUAUAGUGCUACUGCUCAGUGCUCCCUGAAUAAAGUGGCCUCUUAUUGCGACUCAGCAGCAUAUAGGAGUCCUGCAUAUCUCACAGGACACAAUCAUACUAACCCUCCUGCAAUACAUGGCAGUGCUGAACAGGGGAAUGGCAUUAGGGGGGCAAUGGUAAAUAAUGCCUCAUAUCGGCGCUGUUGCCCGCGAUGACCAGGAUUUAAGAUCUUUAUCAAUGAUAGUUUAAAGUGGCAGUUUCACACCCAGACUUCCCCUUAUGCUACUAGAGCAGUUGUGAGUUUGAUUGGACCAUUUUAAACCCAAUUUCAGCAAUGGAUCCCAUGGUUGCUGCCAAUGUCAACUUUACUCUUGAGCUGUUCAAAAAGCUAAAUGGAAACAAAAACGGGAAUGUUUUCUUUUCUCCAUUGAGUGUUUCAGCUGCUCUGGGCAUGGUGUAUCUCGGUGCUAAAGGCAAUACUGCAACUCAAAUGGGCAGGGUGCUUCAUUUCAGUGAAACUGACGACAUCCAUUGCGGAUUCCAGGCACUACAAGAUGCCUUUAAUAAACCUAACUCAACCUAUCUCCUGACUGUAGCAAAUCAGCUCUAUGUAGACAAGACAUACAAUCUUCUCCCUGAAUUUGUUGCUUCCAUCCGGAAAUUAUACCAGACUGACCUGGAACCUGUUGAUUUCAUCAAAGCAACAGAAGAAGCCAGAAAGCAGAUCAACUCUUGGAUAGAGACAAAGACAAAUGGGAAGAUACAGAACUUGUUGGAUGAAGGUAGCAUUGAUGACCUCACAAGACUUGUUCUAGUGAAUGCAAUCUACUUUAAAGGAAACUGGAUGACACAAUUUCAGAAGGCAAAUACAAUAGAACGACCAUUCAGAAUCACCCAGAAUGAAACUAAGCCUAUGCAAAUGAUGCACUGCAGAAAACGGUUUAACAUCACUUGUAUUAAAGAGAUUCAAUGCAAAAUUCUCGAACUUCCUUAUAUGAACAAUGAGCUAAGUAUGAUCGUCCUGCUGCCUGAAGAUAUAAGAGAUAACUCUACUGGACUAGAACAGCUUGAAAAAGGACUCACGCUUGACACACUGAUGGACUGGACCAGUCCGGAGAGGAUGCAUAUGGUGGAAGUUGCAGUAGCUCUGCCAAAAUUCAAGCUUGAGGAUCAAUUUGACCUUGAAUCGACCCUCAGUGAUAUGGGAAUGAGAGAUGCCUUUGAUGACACACUAGCCGAUUUCUCUGGAAUGACAGAAAAGAAUGAUUUGGUUUUAUCAAAAGUUGUUCACAAAGCCUACGUAGAAAUUAAUGAGGAGGGAACUGAAGCAGCAGCUGCCACAGCUGUUGUAACACGUACAAAACGAUUUACAACAGUCAGUACAUUUGAGGCCGAUCAUCCAUUUUUCUUUUUCAUCAGGCACAAUAAGACCCAUACUAUUCUGUUCUUCGGACGAUUCUGUUCUCCCUAAGCUAGCCCAGCCUCUGCAAAUGUAAAUGUGUGUCAUUCAAUAUUAAACCAUCAGCAAAACA